AUGAGUUCAGAAGGUGCCAGUGCUGGUGAGCAACUAUUGGAUGCCUCAAGAAGAAAUAAUAGUGAUCUUCUGUCUAGUAUAUUUGAAACACUUGGGCAUGAUGCUGAAAAGAUUGCAGAAUUGAUUAACACAUCUAAGGAUCCGUUAGGCAACACAGCAUUACAUUUAUGUUGUAAAUAUGGAUCCUGGGAAGUUUUGGAUACGAUAUUGGAUCAAGAAGGUGGUAUCGAUAUUGAUCCCCAGAAUGUUGAUGGAGAUACUCCUCUUCAUGUUACAGUGAGAUAUUGCGAUGAAGAACCUGAGCAUGGAUUGUUCAUUGCCAGGAAUCUGAUUGAAGUUGGUGCGGAUCCAAGAAUAAAAAACAUUAACAAUCAACUCCCACUAGACCUUGUGCAUGGAGAUGACAAGGAUGAGUUGAUCGACCUUCUUCAAGGCGCUGCUCUGGCUGCUGAUAAUUAUGAUGGAGAUGAAGGUGAUGAACCUGAACUAAUAGAUGAUGAUGAUGGAGAGGAAGACUAG